AUAAUAGAAAUUAUCAACAACAAUAUAGGCCUACAAAACAAACUGUUGACACCAAGCCUCUUACAAAAUCCAUGCGAUAUCGCACAUAGGCCUGAAACCUAUAUGAUGAAGGGUGAUCAGAGCGAAACCAAAGAUAUCUGGCGCGCUUCUGAUGAAACUUAACGAGCUACAUUUGGAUUAAGACUGAGCAAUCUACAAUCUGAUCUAAAUAUUCAAAGCUCCUUUUUAUCCGAACACCUGAUGCACUUCAUUUCAUUUGAGAGAAAGAUCAUCGAAUUGAAACUCAGGGACUGUUUCAAUCAGGUUCAAUAUUGAGCUUCAUACAGUACUGUUCUUCCUGUAUUCUUUCCCGGUGGACCUGCGGCGACCAUGACUCCAUAUCGGGUGCUUCUACUUUUCCUUUCCGCUAUUCUAAAUCUAGCCACAGCUCAAGAAGCUGCAUUCUGGAAUAACCAAGCCCAGACAACACUCCGGAAUGCCCUGAAUCGCGAACAGAACCGAGGCAUCGCGAAAAAUGUCAUCUUCUUCCUGGGAGAUGGGAUGGACAUCACGACCUCGACGGCCUCCCGCAUCCUUCAGGGUCAGCUCAAUGGAGAGACUGGUGAGGAGGGUUCUCUGAUCUGGGAUACCUUUCCCCAUGUGGCCCUGUCAAAGACAUACAAUACGGAUCAACAGAUUGCGGACUCGGCCGGGACUGCGACUGCAUUCUUGUGCGGCGUGAAGGCUAAAGCCGGAACAGUUGGAAUCGAUGACGGGGCCGAAAGAGGAAAUUGUGCGUCCGUUGCUGGGAGCGAGGUGGACUCUAUUCUCGUUCAAGCGAACCGAGCAGGUAAGGCAACCGGUUUAAUCACCACUACUCGCAUAACCCAUGCGACCCCAGCGGCCGCGUACGCUCACUCACCGGAAAGAGACUGGGAGUAUGACGGACAGGUGCCCGAUGAGGAGGCUGAUGAUGGCUGUAUCGACAUCGCUAGGCAGCUAGUUGAAGAAAACAACUUUAUUAAUGUCAUUCUUGGUGGCGGUCGCGCGAAUUUCCUUCCCAAUACAACCCUUGACCCCGAGUACACUGCCGAGAACACGACAGGCUCCCGAAGAGACGGUCGUAAUUUGAUCGAUCAAUGGCUAUCGGAUAAAGCUUCAUUCCCUUCUCAUUACGUGUGGAAUAAAACUGCUUUCAAACAAAUAGAUCCAACGUCAACAGAGUUCGUCAUGGGUCUGUUUGAACCAAGUCAUAUGAGAUACGAGGUUGAAAGAUUGAAUGACACGGCUGGGGAGCCCUCUAUCGUCGAGAUGACUGAAUUUGCAAUCAACUUGUUAAGCAACCGUGAUGAAGACGGAUACUUCCUUAUGGUAGAAGGUGGACGGAUCGAUCACGCACAUCAUGACAGUGUUGCAUACAAGGCACUAACCGAUACUAUCGCCUUCCAUGAUGCUGUUGAAAGAGCCGUCGAGAUGACGGAUAGUGCCGAUACUCUCAUUGUGGUAACCGCGGAUCACGGACAUGCCUUUACCAUGGGCGGGUAUGCGAGCAGAGGGAAUCCGAUAUUUGGUUACGAUGAUUGGGGAAAUGGCACCGAUGGUAAACCCUACUUGACAUUAUCUUACGCCAGCGGUCCAGGCGGAAUUCGUCUUGCAGAGAGCUAUAUCAACAACGGGGAACGACCAAACCACGUCAAUUCAAAUUAUAAUUCAAAAGAUUUCAUUCAAGAUGCGACAGCUCCACUGAAUUACGAACCACACGGGGGUGCUGACGUAGCAAUUUACGCGCACGGUCCCUGGGCCCAUCUGUACCACGGUACGCAAGAGCAGAACUACAUUCCGCACGUCAUUCGAUACGCAGCAUGUUACGGGGAUAGCCAGGAGAACGCGUGCACACGCGCAACGGAACAACCGCCGAUGUGUACGGGGAGUGCGCAUCCUACCGCGCAUACGCCAUGCACGUCGCUUAUUUUGUUGUUGGUGUAUCUUAUAAUGAUCAUGUUUGAGAUUUAAUUUAAAAAAUAUAUAUAAGAAAAAAAGCAAAUCCCUCAAAACCGGUCACCCGUAGGUUCUCAGUAUUCCUAAUAUGAAAACACCAUCUUCCGCACUAUCGUAGUGAGAUAGGCCUAUAGAGUAUAGGCUCGCCAGCGACUUGUUUUUCGUCAUUACUUGUGCAGCCGACACGAGAGGGCUGUUUUGGACGCUUUGAAUUAGACUACAAAUCUUGGACUUAUAUUAGUAUCUUUUAGAGUCUUACCUCAAUUUUUUAUUUAAAUACCUCUUUGAAAAAUCGUUCUAGGCGAGACUCGAACCUGCAUCAAUAGACUCGACUGCAGGAUUGGCUUACUGAUUGAGCCACACCAAUCGAGCUACUCAUUGGGUCGGAAAUUACGCUAUUUCUUAAAUGUUCGUGUCGCCAUGAAUAUUCAUGAGGCGUAUAGUCUGACUAAAUAAACGCUAUACAGGCAGGAAUGCGUAGGAAUGGCGUAGAAUCAGGCAUUCCUGAAUGGAUUUUUUAAAAAUCAAACAGCAAACACCCCACCCAUAAAAACCCUAAACAAAUAAGAAAUAGCCUUUGAAAGCAAAAAAAAUCUGAAGAGGAGACCAUUUUGAAAAAGAUAAAUAUUGCAGAGCCUUUACACCGCUCGUUUACUCACAUGCAGCAAUUAGCAAUAACAGUUUAAACCGAAAGCAGUAAACUAUUACCGGUCUUUGUCUACAAGUGGCUCACUGCAUGGACAAUGUUUUAUUGUAGAUAUACUUUUUUAAAUCAAUAAUUACGAUUAUUCUCAUGACAUUUCAUAGGCCUAUUAAAAAGUACUAGGAUACAUGCAUUUCACUUUGGGUAGAAUUUUAGGUGUGUGGUAGAUUUAACUCGUACUAAUGAUUUGAUGAUGCUGCGAAUUCCAAUACGGGAACAUUAAUCUAGAUUUCAUUUCAUAGUUAUUCUUUGCAUAACUGAAUCAUAAGGUGUACAUUGCAUACCGUGUAUGUAUUAAGUUAGUAAAUAAACUUAUCAUUAUUAUAAUGAUUAUUUGUGGUGACUGUUAUUGUAUACUAUGGUUUUCAUUAUUAUUGUAAUUAAUGCGAAGGGCAUAUUUUAUUGUUUGUAGCCAGAAGAGAAACCUCACUCUUACGAACCCCCUCUCCACUUGGAAUAUUCCAUAGAGUUAAAUAGGCCUACACAGUACACACCUUUAUGGAAUAUUCCUAUUCUGCGCGUGCGCCUGCGCGCGUCUUUACUGACGUCAUCUUGAUUCCAUUCCUGAACAAUGUGUCGGCCGUUUAUCAUUGCAUAUAUAUACACGUAUUUAAACAAAAAAAGAAUAUGUAAGAUGUCUAUAUUUCAUUAAUUUUUAAUGCCUAAUGAGAAGGUGUUUACAGAGCCAUCUUGUUAUGGCAUAAUUCCAAAUCUGAAUAAACUUCAAUUUUCUUUGAUAUUUUUUUCAAAGUUUAAUCUAACACAGGGCCCUUUAUCAUGUGUAUGACAUGAAUGGAGGAUCCCAUGAAAGAACAGCGGAACUACGCGAGUGCCUUUAAGAUCCGCCUCGAUCCGCUAUCCGCCAUGUUAUGUGUUAAUGGAUAGUUCUGAAUAUGCAUGUUUGCGUUUUAUAUGGAAAGAAAUACAAACAAUUUAACAAACAAAAUCUAUUUCAUCCCCAGCUUUCUUCAUAUUUAAUGAAUUGAUUAGUUUGUUAUACUCUGGCGAUUAUUAUUGUUGUUGUUAUCAGGGUUAAGUGUGGUAUAUAUGUUUUUUUGGUCUAGUUCAAUACACAAUACCGAUCAAUUGUCUUUCACGUAGAAAUAUAAACAUUUUUCUUCAUAUUUUUACCUCGAAUCCUAUCAAGGAUGUUCGAAAAUAGUAUUUCAGGAAUAUAAUUAUAACUCCUUUACUUUAUACUGAUAAAGAAUUGAAAUUUCUGUUAUGGAGUUACCAUAGCAGAAUAUGGAAAUACAUGGGUUGUACAUAAAUGGUAAAUUUGGUGUGAUUUGGAUGAAUUACUUUUAUGUUAAUAUUUUUUCAUAAUCAUGUAAAUGGUAUAUUUGAUGGAAGAAGUAAAUGCGGAGAUGAAGAGAGAGAGAGAGACUAGAUAGUGACGAGAAGAAGAAGAAAUUAUGUUCCAUCACGAUAGAUAAAAAAUAAUUAUAAACUGCAGCUAGUCGCCAUGCCAGAAUUGAAACCGAUAAAUAAUUGCGUUUGUGAAAUUUUGUUGCAAAAUAUAGUUAUCUAUUGCAAAAUUCAAGUCGUCAUCCCUAACAAUUUCAAAAAGUUUUUGCAGUGUAGGCCCAUCUGAAUCACUCUCCUCCCAAUUAAACACAUUUCCUUAAAAUAUUACAAAUUUGUCUCGCAUUAUUCAUCGUUCUUAAUCAUUUCAUAAUAUAUCAUAUUCGUUUCAUUAAUGUAUUGUCACAAACACAAAUAGAAAAAAUAGACUGCAACUGUCAUAAGCAUUAAUUUUUAUUCAAAAAGGUAAAACAAUUGCAAUACAUGUAAAUUCAAAUUGAAUACGAAAAAGUUAUUAUAUAUAUUCUUUGACACAACUUAACCAGGCACCUCGGUUCACUAAGAGCUUUCACUACUAGAAUAUUUUUCCUAACAAAGCAAAUCUCCUAGAGACCAAUGAGAGAUCAAAAUUGGCAAGAUAUCUCAAUAGUCUUCACGACCUGAACCCUGAUGCACAAAACUUACUUUACCAUCCGAUGGUAAAUUGCAUGGAAUCCUCGAUUGUGAUUGAUUUUUAUCCAUUGUUACUGUGAUAGUUACCAUUGGAUGGCAAAGUUGGCCCCUUAAGUCGAUUGUUAAUAAUAAAUUACUGAGAGAGAGAUCACCUUACAAAUUGUAAAUAAGAUCGUCAUCUAAUGUCUUGGUGAGACUGAUCAAGAACUCGGGGGAAAAUAUACCAUUAUAAGACCAUGUCACUCAAAAUAUCUGAAAGAACAGAACAGUUCCAUCGCAAUCUUUCAACUUAUCUUAAGAGAUCAUUCAGGCGAUUAAUGGGUCUUUAAGAAAAGGGACUAUAUUCAGAUUUACAAUCAACUGUAAUAUUUCUAACAUGGUUUGCCAUAGACUAAGAUUAACAAUCAAUCGUUUAUUUUGAUCGAAUCUUCCGUUACAGUGUCGUGUUAUCUCGGCAAUCUUCAUACCAUUUUUCUCUCUCCAAGUUUCAUAAAGGUCUCAAAAGUUUUCCAUGAUUUUCCAGUGGUUAUAAUAAAACCUUCUUCAAAAAGGUGGCCGAACUUCCACGAAGGAUUAUUUAAACAUUAGUUAGAACAUUGGGAGCCAAGUGAUGCUACGGUCAUAUUUGCAAAUCCGACACCAGACCGAACAAAAUCUACUACGUCAUUUCCAAUGACUUACCAUCGGUCGGUUUGGAGUCGGUUUCGUUGGUAUGACUGCAUCUUUAGAGAUCACUGAAAGACUAAGGUAAAGGACGGUUCAUCGAAGGACCAAUUUUCUAGUGGAUGACUGAAAAAUUAUCAUGAACCGUUUCAAAAUUUAGUAGUUUCCAUGGAUACCAGAGACCUAUAAUUUCCUGAAAUCUGACGAAUCAAGAUUGACCUAAGAAAUCAUUCAAAGUUCACUGAAAGAUUGUGAAGAACUAUCAAUAUCCUAUCGUCACACCUGUGGUCUUUCAGAAGUCUUGCAGCCGUCAGGUCCAUCACAUGUAGUCUAGUUUGGACGCUCUUUACGGAAUCCUUUAUUCGCCUAUACACAUGAUACAAGAACUAGGAAAGCAUUUCUUCACCAUUUUUCGUCGGGCAAGGACAUGUCAGAUCUGACAACUUUCCUUGGUUUUGAUUGGCUGAGAAGCCCAGUUGUUCUGGUAACUGUUGAAUAAAACACACUUUGUCCCUUCAUGUAAUGUUCCCCAGUUCUCUCUGUGGCGGACAUUAAUAUCCUGUCAAUACUGGCCGACAGGUUCACGGGGUAGCGCCACAAAUCGUUUAAAUGCGUUUACUCGGCGAAUGAAUAAUUCAGUAAGAAAUAGCAUCAAGAACCCGACUCGUUCCUCUGAAAAAUGCGGGUAUAUCAUUGACAAGUAUCUUCGAAAGCUCGGAGAGAAGGAUGAAACAUAAAUUGAUUACAUCGCUCAUUGUUGUUUCAAUGAUUUCGGACAUGGGUCAGUGUACUCUGAGCUUUCUCAACUGCCCCUCUCCGUGUCAUUUGUCAGAGAGUGAGAGAGAGAGAGAGAGAGAGAGA